GGGGAGGGAGCGCGGCGCAUACCGAGCCCGCCCGACCAUGGGGCGCCGCCGCCACCACCCCCAGCCGCGCAGGGGGGCGCCCAGCACCCUCCUGCUGGCGGGCAGCGGCUACUGAGGCAGGCGGGUGCGGGGCGGGGGCAGGCAUGGCUGAUCCUCUGCGCAGGACCCUCUCCAAGCUGCGGGGCAGGAGGUCCCAGCGCGGGGCGGCGGCAGGCGCGCACCUCCGCGGGGGGACCGGCGCCCCUCAAGGUAAAGCCCAGCAGCAGCCGCAGCCGCCGGCCAGGGGGGCGCCGUGCGCUCAGCCCAGGAGCCGGGGGGUCUCGGCGCCCCCGGGGGCUGGGAGCCAGGAGGAGUCCGGACAGCGGCAGCCAGGCUGGCCCCGCCGGGGGAAGGCACAGCGUGGGGAAGGGACACCGGGGGACCCAGCCCCGCAGCCCGUGGCCGCCCCCACGCGGCGCGCUCCUGACGGCGAGGAGGGCGAUUACUACGAUAAUGAGACUCUGCCCUGGGGCUGCCGCCCGGCCCAGGCGCGGGAGGCGGCGCAGGGGCUACCGGCCGCCUGUGCCCGGGGCCGAGGGGAGGGCCGCUGGGCCGGGACCCGGGAGAGCGCGGGUAGGCUGCGGAACCAACUGCAGGAGGCCUAUUACCUGCUGAUCCACGCCAUGCACGACCUGCCCCCGGCCAGCCCCGCCUGCGCGGGAGGGUUCCCGCAGCCCGUCGCCUCUUGCGGGGCCGCGGAGAGCAGCGAUGCCUGGUCCUCCUCCUCCGGGGAGGGCAGCCCGCAGCAGCAGGUGUCCGCCCCCGCCUGGCCGCCCCCGCCCGGCCGGGGCUCAGCAGGGCGUCCCGGCCAGCUGGUUCCUCCCGGGCGUGGGGGUCAGAGCCUGGGGAGCCUCCCCCUGCUGCCCCCCGGCCGCCCCGUGAAGCCACCGCCUCUGCAGCGGUGUCUGAGCGACAGCGUGAUCCGCUACCACCCCGUGGAGCCCGGCCUGGGGCACCUGCUGCAGGGGGAGCCGCCUGGCCCGGCCUGGGACCGGGAGCGGCCGGACGGCGGCGGCGGGGGAAGCGAUGCUCCUGCGGCCGCUGAGUGCUCAGUCACUUGCGGGGAGAGCCCGGGCCGGCUGCUGCUCAGUGCCCAGGGCUCCGCGCCGCAAGAGGCAGCGUGCCCCGGCAGCCGCCCGCCCGCCCCCCAGAGCCCCUUCAGGCCGCCCGCGGUCAGCGUCGGGAGGCUGCAGAAGUGGAUGUGCAAAGGGCGCCUGCUGACCCGGGGAGUGAAGGGGCGCGUCGGGGCAGGGGCUUCCUCCGCUGACCCCAGAGCCAUUGGGACCGGUGCGGCGCUGGCUGCUCAGCCAGACCUCGGAGAAGAGAGGCCCGCAACUCCGCCGGCUUGGAGAGGGCACGGAAGCAAGGCCCUGGCAGCUCCCCCGGAGCAAAGAGUUCUGCUGACAGAUUUAAUUGAAAAUAUUUACAUAUCCUCCACAAGCGGGAGAGAACUUAAAAUUCUUAUGGCCGGUGAAGUCCCUGAGCAUAGGCCACAGCUUGACAGCAUCACAGUUUCUAAGAAACGUAACUGGCUACAUCAGAGUACUCUAAAGGCCCCUAAUCUGGAAGAAGAAAGUAUCUGUAAGAAAAUGCAAGGAAAUACUACCCAUGUACCGAAAUCAUCCAGUCCAUUACCUGGACCUAAACUUCCACCAGUUCCUCCCAAAUCACCUGCAGGACAGGAACAUCCUGCAAGAACCUCUAGUUUUGUAACUGCCGUUCACCAUUCUACAAGCCCUUCAGUUUUGAGAAACUGCACUUUAGACUUCAGUGAGGAUAAUGAUGCAGAUGAUGAAGGAGAAAUAUGGUACAACCCUAUCCCUGAAGAUGAUGAGCCUGACUUCCCCAGAGUCCAUUGUUUUACUGGGAAAAACUCUGUUAAUUUGGACUCCCAUACCACCAGUUUCAAGAUGUUGCCUGGGAGUGACCCGAUUAAAGUAAUGGGGCACAAUAAAGGCCUUCCAUACUUCUCAGAAUCUGUAGGAGACAAUCAAAUGACUCAGGCCUGUGAAAUUAAUCAAGCAGAUUCCAUACAUUCCACAGCGUGUGUGCAGCUGCACAAGCAGAGUUUUGUGUGCAAGACUCAGAUUGCGACAGCAAUAGAGAGCCCUGCAUUUAAAUAUUGUUCAGCAGGAUCUGGAAUCGUACCUGCAAACAAGGCUGAGGCAGGAGCAACAGAAAUUUCUCCUCCAAGUCCUAAUCCUUUGAAAAAAGGAGGAUCGAUUAAUUGGCCUUUCCCUGAUAAAAUAAAAUCUCCUAGAACUGUGAGAAAACUUUCAAUGAAAAUGAAAAAAUUGCCAGAACUCAGCAGGAAGCUGAGCAUCAAAGGAACCUCAAGCUCUAAUAGUUCAGAUAAUCCUUCUUCCCUGCUGAAAGGUGACUGUCAGGAUACAAGCCAUGCCACAUCUUUGCCAUCUUCUGGAAACGCAACAGCAGCUGCUAGCAGGAAUGUUAUAAGUCGCUACCAUCUUGAUAGUAGUGUAUCGUCACAACACGGCUACAAAAAGAAAAGCAGUGGGAGUUCCAAAUCCUCCAGUAAAGGUGGUUAUCUCAGUGAUGGAGACUCUCCUGAACUUAUAGCAAAAUCGGGUAAACAUGGUUCUGUAAGCAGGUUUGGGAAAGGAAAAGAGACACUUCCAAGUAACAACAAUAAAACUGAAAUAGACAUUGAUGCUUUUAGACAUUACAGCUUUUCUGAUCAACCCAAAUGUUCCCAAUACAUAUCUGGACUCAUGAGUGUUCACUUCUAUGGUGCUGAAGAUUUGAAACCACCACGGAUGGACUCGAAAGAUGUCUUUUGUGCAAUUCAGGUAGAUUCAGUAAACAAAGCAAGAACAGCCUUGCUUACAUGCAGGACGACUUUUUUAGAUAUGGACCACACUUUCAACAUAGAAAUUGAAAAUGCCCAGCACUUAAAACUAGUGGUCUUCAGCUGGGAGCCUACCCCACGGAAAAAUCGUGUUUGCUGUUACGGAACAGUGGUUCUCCCCACUCUUUUUCGAGUGACAAAAACGCAUCAGCUGGCUGUCAAACUGGAGCCCAGAGGACUUAUUUAUGUCAAACUGACUCUCAUAGAACAGUGGGAGAAUUCUCUUGAUGGUCUAGUUGCAGAUCGAGAGCCAGUGAUAUUUGGAGUAGAUGCUCGAAAAGUUGUUGAGAAGGAAAAUGUGGGCUUGAUGGUACCGCUUCUGAUGCAGAAAUGUAUUGUGGAGAUUGAAAAGAGAGGCUGCCAGGUUGUAGGCCUGUACCGAUUAUGUGGUUCAGCAGCGGUCAAGAAAGAGCUUCGAGAGGCGUUUGAGAGGGAUAGCAAGGCUGUUACUCUCUGUGAAAACCAAUACCCAGAUAUUAAUGUGAUAACAGGUGUCCUCAAGGAUUAUCUAAGAGAGCUGCCUUCUCCCCUGAUAACUAAGCAGCUCUAUGAAACAGUGUUAGAUGCCAUGAUGAAAAAUCCCUUGAAAAUGACAGCAAGCGGUUGUGAAAAUGACCCAAGUGACUCUGAGCAUACGGUGGCCCUUUUGGAUUGUCUGCCAGAUGUUGAAAAGGCAACCCUAAAGAUGCUGCUGGAUCACCUGAAAUUGGUGGCGUCUUAUCAUGAAGUAAAUAAGAUGACGUGCCAGAAUUUAGCUGUGUGUUUUGGGCCUGUCUUACUGAGCCAGAGGCAGGAGACCUCAAACCAUAAUAACAGAGUCUUUACAGAUUCAGAAGAGCUUGCUAGUGCCCUGGACUUCAAAAAACACAUAGAAGUUCUUCAUUAUUUGCUCCAGCUAUGGCCAGUGCAAUGUUCAGCUGCCAAAGAAUCAACAUACUCAAACGUGUUUCCAGGGAACCAGUCGUCAUUGAAUUAUCUGAGACCCAAGAAGCAGCAGCCUCAGAUGUUGGAUUUGAGCAGUACUGAAAUGUCAGGGGUACGUAGGCCCAGACCAGCCAGACUAGACAGUCCCUCAAGUAAUCGCUACGCGGGAGACUGGAGCAGUUGUGGGGAAAACUACUUUUUGGAUCCAAAGGAGACACUAAAUGAAGCAGACUAUGAUGAUGUUCCUUCAGAAGAUACAGAAAGUGGGGAAGAUUGCAGCAAAGUAGAUGGACCAGAUAGACUGAUUGAACACGCAAAAUCCAGGUCUAAAGAGCAUACAUUUCAGACCUAUUUGACAAUGCAAACAAUAGAUGCAGCAGUGGACCACAGAGUAAACCUCAAAGACCUGCAAGAAAGUAUUGAUACUCUGAUAGGAAACUUGGAGCGGGAACUCAACAAAAACAAACUAAAUAUUACUUACUAAUUUCCUUGCACAAUACCUGCUGUUGAUACCUCCCUGUUCCUCCACUCGCCUCCUCAAAAAAGUCUGUCUGUGGUUUUUUUAAUGCAUUGUGGAAUAAUCUGUGGCCUCCCUUGGAUAAACAAAUCCAAUUUAGCCAAUCCAUUAUUGUGGAUAAUUUUUCUUCUCAUUAGAAGAAUACAUUGGCCUCACCCUCAGUGAUUUAAGUUGGCCUUUUAGACUAUGCGAAAUGAUGUUAGGAAGAAGUGAUUUUCCCCCCUCACACCGUCAAGGUACUAUGCACUUAUGAUGCUUGGACAGUAUGUGACAGGAGCGAAGGUGCCAUCUUUGUCUGCUCUGUGUAGCAACAGCACUCUUCGUUCCUGAAACUUUAUACCUGGUACAGACAUUCCUCUUAGUAGAGGAUUAGUGUUUCUUGGCCUGUGAUUUGCAGCAUGAACUUUAGGUAGAUCCCAUUCUACCAUCUAUGUCACCUUUUCAUUUGCAAUGCAAAGGCUGCUAUGAAAUAAUGCUUUUUAUACAUAUAUAAAAGUUUAGCUGUACAAAAUAUUAUUGUAUUCCUGUAUUAACACUUUUCAGUAAUUAUUUAAACCUGCAAAAAUUAAAUAUUUUUCUAACCUUGUUUGUAUAUAUUUAUGUACAUGUUUGUAUAGUUAUAUUGGGAAGCGGGAAGUCUGAAUUAGAUAAGGAAAUCGUUUCUAAAUAGCUCCACAUUGUGAUGCCAAAAUAAGGAUUCGCUUGAGCAAUGUAGCAUUUGAUUUUACGCACAGAAAUAUGUGCCGAGAGAGGACAUAGUGAAUGAUUAAUAUAAAUGACCUUGUGUCACAUGUUGUGCUUCAGUUCACAGCUGUUGACUAUUAACUACAUUAAUAAACCAUCCAGUUUAAUUUUAAGAAGUAUUCCAGCAUUUCCUAAGUGUUUCCAGUGAACCUGUCUGUUCCCUGUAAAGGUGCCCUUCAAGCAAAGAAGGGGGAUGGAAAGGAUUAUGCUAUUUUUUUUUUAAUCCUUUCUGACGUAUGAAGAAGGUCUGAAAGGGUUUUGGGUUUUAAAGCUUUUAUUUUGGGUGUGUGUGUGCUUUUUCUUUUACCUUAGAAAUAGCAGACUGUUAAAUCUUUAAUACCUUUAAAGGUCAUCUUGCUUGAUUCAGAUGUUCAUUGGGAACUUGGAGGUGAUAAAUACCUAUGAAAGGCAGUCCCCCCUACCCCAGUGUUUUAAUUAAAUAAGUGUUAACCAAAACAAACAAAAUCAAGAGUUUUAAAGAGUCAGAAGGAAAAUCACAUCCCCUCUCAAUUAAUCAGGUUUCAUUUCCUUGGUAUCUGUGAUCUCAUAAUACAGUCAUACCUCCCAUCAUCUAGAGUCUUCCAUGGCAGGUAACUGAAUUUCUAAAAUAAAAAAAGCUGAGGAAAUAUUUGUUAAAUUU